AAAUUGAGAGUUGGUUUAUCCGUUAUCCGUUAUAGUGAGACUGUCAGAGGAAGAGUGACGAUGGCACUGGCAUCCAUAGCCAUAGCAUCAUCAAAUCCCCUGUACUCUUCUCUAACUUUACCAACUUCCAGAGGAAGAGGAGGAGGCAGCAGCACAAGGAGAAGAAGGACCCAUUGUCUAAAGAUUACUGGGUCCAGUCUCGCUGGUGGCUCUGCUCUUUUCCAAGCAGCCCACCAUACUGUGGAUACAUACAUUAAAAGUGGUAUGGUUAUUGGGUUGGGGUCUGGUCAAGCUUCUGAUAUGGCCAUACAGUAUAUAGGUCUGCAACUUGGUGCAGGUGCUCUAAAAGAUAUAGUGGGGAUACCAAUGUCCAUAGCAUGUGCAAGUGAGGCGGCAAAGGCAGGAAUUCCAUUGGGUCACUAUGAGUAUUGUUCUCAAAUUGAUUUUGCAUUUGAUGAUGCUGAUAUUAUAGAAGAAGGAACACUUAUAUCUGUCAUUGGGCGAACAAUAAAUCAGGGAGAGGAGUCCAUAAUCCAAGAGAAGUCUAUACUAAACGCAGCCAAUAAGCUUGUGUUCAUGAUCACAGAAAACCAGUACAAAAGUGGUCCGGAUGGUUCUAUUCCAGUUUUAGUGAAUUCUCUCAACUGGAUGCAAGCUGCUGAAGAGAUAGAUGACCUUUUUUUAGGUGAUGCAGAGGUAUGGAGAAGACCAUCAAUUGGGAUCGCGGGUCCUAAUGGGGGUGAGUUCCCACUAGUCACCAAAGAAGGCCAUAAUGUUCUUGAUGUCAUAUUUACAUCUCCAAUACUAAGCCUGAAUGAAGUAUCGAAGAGCCUUGAUGAAGUUGAUGGGGUCAUAGACCAUGGAAUCAUUUCCAAGUUCCCAUGCACAGCAGUAAUUGCUUCAGAAAGUGGGCUGUCUGUUGUUGAUAAUCUGCCAAAGAAUGCUGUAAAGGAACCCUAAUAGCAAGAGCCUGCAUUGCACGCUUACAUGAUAAUUCGGUAUUGUUUCUGCACAUAAGCCUGCAUUGCAUACAGAACACAUUUUUAUAUUUUUGCAUUGCCAUACGAUGGUGUAGUACGCAUAUUACUUGUAUCUGUGAAAUUAGAGAUUUUGUUAAGAAGAAUAAUUCUCAGUUGUUAUUGAUAGAGCCAAAAGGCUAAGUAUUUAUAGAGA